UCAAACAGCUGAAUCAUGCUGUUCCGCAAACGUAAGCCAAAAAGUGACGAUGAAGUCAUUACCUUCGACGAACUCACCCGGUUUCCGAUGUCUUUCUACAAGACCAUCGGCGAGGAUCUGUACUCCGACAGGGAUCCCAAUGUGAUAAGGCGUUACCUGCUACGGUUUUAUCUGGUACUCGGUUUCCUAAACUUCAAUGCCUAUGUAGUGGGCGAAAUCGCGUACUUUAUAGUCCAUAUAAUGUCGACGACUACUCUUUUGGAGGCUACUGCAGUGGCACCUUGUAUUGGCUUCAGUUUCAUGGCCGACUUUAAGCAGUUCGGUCUGACAGUGAAUAGAAAGCGAUUGGUCAGAUUGCUGGAUGAUCUCAAGGAGAUAUUUCCCCUAGAUGUAGAGGCGCAGCGGAAGUAUAACGUAUCGUUCUACAGGACACACAUGAACAGGGUCAUGACCCUAUUCACUAUCCUCUGCAUGACCUACACCUCGUCAUUUAGCUUUUAUCCAGCCAUCAAGUCGACCAUUAAGUAUUACCUUAUGGGCUCGGAGAUCUUUGAGCGCAACUACGGAUUCCACAUUUUGUUUCCCUACGACGCGGAAACGGAUCUGACGGUAUACUGGUUCUCCUACUGGGGAUUGGCUCAUUGUGCCUAUGUGGCCGGAGUUUCCUACGUCUGCGUGGAUCUCCUGCUGAUCGCGACCAUAACCCAACUGACCAUGCACUUCAACUUCAUAGCGAAUGAUUUGGAGGCCUACGAAGGAGGUGAUCAUACGGAUGAAGAAAAUAUCAAAUACCUGCACAACUUGGUAGUCUAUCAUGCCAGGGCGCUGGACCUCAGCGAGGAGGUCAACAACAUAUUUAGUUUCCUGAUCCUGUGGAACUUUAUUGCAGCCUCGCUGGUGAUUUGCUUUGCAGGCUUUCAGAUUACAGCCUCCAAUGUGGAGGACAUAGUGUUGUACUUCAUAUUUUUCUCGGCCUCGCUGGUUCAAGUUUUUGUGGUCUGUUACUACGGCGAUGAAAUGAUCUCUUCAAGCUCUCGGAUUGGCCAUUCCGCAUUUAAUCAGAACUGGUUGCCGUGCAGCACCAAAUACAAACGCAUCCUGCAAUUUAUUAUCGCGCGCAGCCAGAAGCCCGCCUCUAUAAGACCGCCUACCUUUCCACCCAUAUCUUUUAAUACCUUUAUGAAGGUAAUCAGCAUGUCGUAUCAGUUUUUUGCACUGCUCCGCACCACGUACUAUGGUUAAGGGAAGAUUAGAUGCAUAUAUAUGUACAUAGGUACAUAGGAAUAUUGAUAGCAGUCUAUCGAAUACAAAAAAUACAUAUUUGCAAAAUAUGAUAUUGAAUUAGCUUGCAAAAAACAAAUACAUAAGUACAUAUAAUGUUAUAAAACUAGAUAACAACUUGUGAUCUUUAAGAAAAAAGAGUAUUCUAGCCUACAAAAACCACAACAAAUCGAGUUAAUUAAUGGGAAAAAAUAAUAAAAAAUCCUUAAAUUAAUAAAACAAGUCUUAAAUUGUCAUCAAAAAGAUCUGUUCUGUUAGGUCUUAACAGAUGUUAUUGAAGGAAAAACUUAUUAAUUAAUACGUGCUUUUAGGCUGUGUCGUUAAGUCCCCAUUAACGUCCCAGCGUCAGAAUACCUUGCAUACUUUGCGGAUCAGUCAUAAAAAACGACUUGUGAUACUUGUAAUAAAAUGCCUUGUUUAUUCGCAAAAACACUCGCGGCGAGUGUCGUGAAAGACUAAAUGGAUUAACAUACAUAAAUAUAGACACAAUGGUGCGCAUAUCGCUAACAUCACAAAAACGUAACAAC